GAGGGAAGGAUUGGAGAAGUAUUCAGGAAGGCAGCUAAGCACAGGAGCGAACACUCUGUGUGAGUCUGCUGGGAGGCGCAUAAGAUUGUGCCCUUCAGUUGGCAUUGUCAACUUGUCUCACAAAUUUUGUUGUACUACACCUUGGUCAGCAUAUUGUUUAACCACAAAAAAAUAUCCUGGCAUCUUAAUACAGCAACUUCUUACAGGCACCUAGAGGAGGAUCACAUCAUAACAUCAAAAAAUUAGGUUUGAUCCAACCAAGAUGAAGGAAGAAGGAGCAUGCCCCGACUCUCCUGAAGGGAGCCUGGUAACCAGCGAGGAAGAGGCUGAGCGCCAACAGAGGAAGGCUAUACGCAAGCGUACGGUGCUGGUGGGGAAGCCUGGUGAACCAAGGUUGUCCCUUUCACCUUCCUGUAAGCGCAAUAAAAGGAGCCCACAAAUAGAAACAUUUGAGGAUGUACACACACAGAGAAUCAUUGCCAAUGUGAGAGAGAGGCAACGCACCCAGUCUCUAAAUGAUGCCUUUGCAGAGCUGAGGAAGAUCAUCCCUACGUUGCCAUCUGACAAACUAAGCAAGAUACAAACCCUGAAGCUGGCUUCACGCUACAUUGAUUUCCUGUAUCAGGUCUUGCAGAGUGAUGAGCUGGACCACAAGAUUGCCAGCUGCAACUACCUUGCCCAUGAACGUCUCAGCUACGCCUUCUCUGUCUGGAGAAUGGAGGGAGCCUGGUCCAUGUCCACAUCCCACUGAAACCUCAGCUGAUAUCCCCCUUGUCUGCUGUUCCAAAAGGUUUUUCAGGAAUUGACAUUCAAGAAAAGUUGCUUAGCUUGGUAACCUUCUGUCACAGCUAAAGAAUUAUACAGUUGUGCAAGAUGACAAAAACCUACAAACUGAAUCACCUGUGAUAAAUCAUCUGUAAAAGAACUAACACUGAAAAAUGGGAAAAUAACAAAUACCUACAAAAAAAAUAAUAAGUUCUGUACUUAAAACUAGCUGGAAGAAGAACUGGUCACAGCUGAGGUAAAACUUUUCAUUAUGAGUGUAAAGACAACUGAACUUGGACAUUCAGCUACUAGAAUUAAUCCUGUGGAGAUUAUUUAUUCGGGAAAAGAAAACCAAAAAUUCAGACACUAGAUGGAUUUUCCAUUAAUCACAAAUUGUUCUUCUCUUCAAAACUCUACUGCAAAUGUGACAAAAACUGGAUCUUUCUUUAGCUUUCUCAUACGUGCUAAAUCCACUGCAUUUAAGGAUGGACUUCCAUUUUUUUUUAACUUUAUUCUCAUUUAUAAAACUGAUGCUGUUGCAUGCUAUAAAUACGCAAAUAGUGGACAAAUUGACACCCUACUACCACCACAUGAUCAGUUUGUUCCUGUACUGCUAGGGUGGUGUUUUGUAUCCAUCUGACUCUAUCUUCACUCAAGGGAUCCCUAAUGAAUUCUAAAUAACUUUAUUUCACUCCAAUGUAAGAGGAAUAAGUCUCUAUGUUAAAAAAGAAUUGAAAUCACAAAUUGUAUCUAGGGAUGUACCGUAUAUAUUUUACUGAUAUAAUUAAUUCCCUAGCUUAGAUUUACAAAUAACCAUUAAUUGAAGUGAAGUAACCUAAAAUACAACCUUUUCCUAAGUCUACAUUUUUAAAUAUCUAUUUAAUUGUACAGAAUUAAAUAGUAAUUUUAUCACAUUUGCAAAUUACUUGAUGUUAAAAAGAAAGAGGUCACUUUUUUUUUACCUCCAUGACUACAAGACUGUCAAGGAGCACAAAAGAAAUGCUGCGCUAGUAGCCAUGGAAGCUUCUGAUUGGUUACAUUUUCAGUUGUUGCUUGUCAAUCAAGCUUAUGCAUGAAGUGCAAAUAACCAAUAGGAGGCUAAAUAGGCUACCAGAUUAGUAUUGUGGACGUGUGAACAGUGACAAUCUAAGCCUUUUUGAUCAACAUGAGCAAUGCAAAUGAAGGAACAUAGACAGGUAGUUUACGCCAGAAUAAACAUGAAUAAUAAGCAAAUCAUAAUCAAUACGUAGCUCAUGUUUGACUUUCUAUUCGGAGUUAAGAAUCAGUAGUCUCUCAUAACCUGUCUCUCAUACAUAUGGUAUUUCUUCUGCUUAUGUUUCAAUUUCCUAUCAAAGCUUAGUAAAUCAGUGCUUUUUAUAUCUGUGUUGUGCAAUGGUUUAAAGUAGAGUUAUAUUAAAGGGACAGAAAAAUACAAAAAUGAAA